AUGGCCAGCGAGACCGACAUGCGGCGUCACUCGCUGCUUGAUGGUCUCGCUGUGCCCGUGCUAAAGCAGCCGCCCUUCCGCUCCGAGUCAUCAGCCGAUCUACCCGCCCUGGCAUCGGUAGCAGAAGAUGGCCCGUCCGUCAAUCCUCCCGCCUCUCCUGCCGAACUUCCCCGAGAUAGCAUUUCCGUCGCUUCCACUCGUGCCGCUCCGGUUGCAGCUGAUGGCGGCGAGGCACCCGGGCUCACUCCCCCGGAUGAGACACAGAGGCACCGCCGUUUUUCCAUGCUGAGGUUCCGUAAUGCGUCAGACUCUCAGCUGGCGACCAAGGCGAAACUCCAUGCGGCAGCAGAAAAACCACCCCCUGUACCGCGCCCGCCCGAAAUCAUAACGACCGCACCGACAUUCAAUUCCCUCGCACCUCGAAAGAAACCUUCCCGGAUCAACUUUGCAGCGCGCCUUCGCCGCUCAGGCGAGCUUACUAGGGCCGAGUCAACCGAUGGAGUGAACAGUCGAGUGACAGGGAAGGCAGGCGACCGUGUUUCUCGCGUCCCGGAGGAGGUUACCGGGGGCAAACCAAGCAUGUCUUCUGACGAGCCUCCGCGGCCGUCAUCCUCGCAGGCCCAUACGCCUCCAGCCCACUACGAUAGUCGCGCUUCGUCCCUCGCCCUGCCCUCGACCAGGCUUUCGGAGUCGUCCAGAUCCGAUGCGAGUUCAGGGGACAGGGUGUAUGGAGGCAGCACAACGUCCACCCAAACACAACCCUCAGCAACGACCUUCUUCAGAUUUCCGCGCCGAAAACAUAGGCAGCCCGAACCCUUAUUCCCAAUCUCUCAUCUCCAGCCGAGGAGCAAACCUUCCUUCACGGAGGACGCAACGGCUUCUAGCUCGUCAUCCGCUGUGCCGAUGUCUGCCGCCCCGGAUCGGUCGCUCACCCCGACACCGUCGAGCACGCGCACAAGGAAUGGUGUCACAACUCCGCCUCCCCAGAACCAGGCCGUCGCUAUGCUUUCGAAAACCGCCGCGUCUCCGGCAACCGCACUGUUUCGACCCAGUUCGAGGCAGUCUGGGCAGUCCUCGCCGACCCGAAGUUUUGCCCACAGGAGAGGCCGGUCUUCCACGAUGAGCUCUCUAGGAAGAAAUUCACCCAGGGAGUCUGUCGAUGAACAUUUGGCUCCUCCCACGACUAGAACAUCGAUUUCCACAGGCCGCAGGAGCUUUGGCGAUCUUCUGGGCCUGAGCCGACUCAGGCAAAACUCCGACAUGAUGGCAACCCGGCAAGGUUCACUAAGUCCUGCCACGCCCUGUUCCAGCGCCUCAAAGAACAAUUCUCUUCAACUGCCUAGGGACUCCAUCGUUCUACCAGAACGCCGUGAAGACGACACACCGGCUAAGUAUCUGGAGCGUCUGUUGGAAGUCGCCAGCCGCAGUGUAGUGGCGGCAGCCCUCUCCAAAAGUACCGAGCCGUUCCUACAAUCGGUGCUCCGGAGUUAUAUGCGGGGAUUCAUGUUCUUCGGCGAUCCUAUGGACAUGGCUCUCAGGAAGCUGCUCAUGGAAGCAGAGCUUCCGAAAGAGACCCAACAGAUCGACCGCUUCCUACAGGCGUUUGCAAACCGUUAUCACGAAUGCAACCCCGGGAUUUACUCUUCCCCGGAUCAAGCCUAUUUCAUUGCCUUUUCCCUCCUGAUCCUCCACACGGACGUGUUCAACAAGAACAACAAGCACAAAAUGCAAAAAGCCGACUACUUGAAAAAUACUCAAGGGGAGGGCAUCGCCAAUGAGAUACUGGAAGUGUUUUACGACAAUAUCACUUACACGCCAUUCAUCCAUGUCGAAGACGAUUUGGACAUCCACGGUGAUCGGAUCGUUGGACAUAAGGCGCGGAAGAAGCCACUAUUUCUCAAUGGCGGCCCCGAUCCGGCAAAGAGGGUCUCGAAGGAGCCGGUCGACCCGUACACGCUCAUCCUCGAUAACAAGUUAGACCUGUUGAGGCCCAAUCUGAAAGAGGUAAUGCAACUGGAUGACCCUUACAGCUAUCUCGGAACAGCCAAGACCUUGAACAUAAAGGAGCUCCAAAGAACCUUCUUCAAGACUGGGGUGUUGCAGAUAGUUUCGGCGAGAUCUCGGCCCGAUGCCUUCAUGACCGAGAAGACGGCCACCAACCCGGACGAAGCUCAUCCGGGUAUCGUGGAUAUCAAGAUCACCAAGGUCGGCUUGUUAUGGAGAAAGGAGGCGAAGAAGAAGAAGACAAGAUCUCCCUGGCAGGAGUGGGGCGCAAUACUCACCAGUGCCCAAUUAUACUUUUUCCGCAACACCGCAUGGAUCAAGCACCUGAUGCACCAACAGAAAGACCACCUUAGGAAGGGCCAUGAUGGGGAUCCGUGUAUCUUCAAACCGCCACUUGACCAGUUUAAGCCUGAUGCUCUGAUGUCAACCGAUGGUGCAGUGGCCUUGAUGGACUCGACUUACACCAAGCACAAACACGCCUUUUUGUAUGUCAGGCAUGGCAACGUUGAAGAAGUCCUCUUGGCCGAGGAUGACGAUGACAUGAAUGACUGGCUCGCGAAACUCAACUAUGCCGCUGCCUUCAGAACCACAGGGGUCCGAAUGCGCGGCGUCAUUGGAGGGAAUUACGAUGGACAAGGGCGGCGAGCCAUCAGGCGACUGGAGGGCGACAACGUCCAAGUCAUUCAGACGCCUUCGGGUGAGGUGACGGUCUCGCGCAGCCGGAUAGAUCACAAGAUGGCGCAGGACAUGAUAACGUCCCGGAGGACUCUCAUGUUCCAAAAGAUUGCCGACGCCAACGAGAAGUUAAAGGAAGCUGAGGCAACUCUUGAGUCUCAACUUAGGAAUUCGAGGCAUCUGCAGAUCCUGGCCCCGGUGUCACCUAAGACUCGCGACCAAAUGUUACUGUCCGCUGCCAGAAUGGCGGCCAAGGUGAAAUGGACACGGAUGGAGAUUUGGAAAUUAAGGUGCCACCGCGACAUUUUGCAGAUGGAUCUCGACGAAGAGCGUCAGCUUCUCGGCCUACCCGUGGACCCGGCCGUUGAGUCCCCCGCGAAGUCUAUAAUAACCCGGGAGGAGUUCUCCGUGGGUCAGGUUUCAGGGGUUCAGAAGGGUUCACUAUCUCCCGGUCAACUUUCCCAGACAGAUGCAUCAGCCACACAUGCAAAGUCUGACGGUGACUCUUCGCCCGUGACGGAGGUUUUCCAAACGCCCCCUACAAGCGCAACAACAGCUGGCCCCAGUGCGCACGAGAGCGCAUGGGGAGUACCGGGCCUGUCGAUUGACCGUGAUAGUCUGAGAAAGGGGUCUGUCUCCACAGCAGUUUCGUCGAAAGGGUCGAUUCCAGUAACACCGCCGAGGAAUGGGGCCGGUUCUUCUCCCUCUCCGGAGAAGCCCCAGUUCGAAGAACCAGAAGAUGAGGAUGCGGAUGAGCGUGACUUGUUGGCACAGGCCGGUCUGCUCGAGCCCGAAGUUUCAAGAACUUCCGAACCAAAAGGCUCCAACGGUGGGUUGGAUGCGGGAGAAACACCCGAACGGCGCGAGCGCGGUUCCAGCGGCACUCCGGCAGACCGGCUUGAACGAAGUAAGAUUCGUCGCAGCCUGCAACGCACACUCCGGGAAGGUGCCGGACACAUAUCCCAUCACCGCCACCGCAAGGGCAGAGACUCAGUCCCCGGGUCAGACGACACCACUCGCGACACUCCUGAUGUCCUGCCACGAGGUACCGGCUCUUUUGUGGUGCACGGGAAGAAGGCGUCGGUGAUCACCUUUGGCGAUGAGCUGCAAAUCCAGGGCCUUUCGCACCGAAUGCAGCGGGAGGACUCGGCCAGCAGCCGCCCGGGUCCGUCAGAGACUGUUGACUACCAAUCCAUUCUCACUCUGCAGUCGACCUCAGACCGCGAGCACCGAGAGUCUGCGGCCAGCGCUAGCACUGCCACGGCGAGGAGUUUCAGGGAGCUACACCGAAAGUUCUCGUCUGCCCGGGCAACCGGCGGAGGCAUGCCUGGCCACUUGGCGCUGCCGUCGGAUGAGGAGAGCGAUGUCGCGAUUAGUUUCUCGGAGGGCAGGCGCACACCGCUACCGCCUAUUGACGGUGACGAGGAACGGGAAGAGGCGCUGGUUCAGGAACCCACCGCUGCUCCAGUGGACAGCGGCGAGAGUGUGAGCGAGCCCGUGGAAUAUCUCGAUCUAAGCCCACCGCCCAGCCGCGAGGGCCGCGGGACCGUGUUUUUCACCCCUGAGCCACCUGCAUCGCCUGUCGAGGCGACGCCUGGGGAAAACAUUGCUGACCACGUGGCGGAUGCGGAUCGGGAUCCGGAUCGGGAUCCGGGCAGGCGCGUGCCGGAAGGGGACGGGGAGAGGCUGCCGAGUCCACCUCUGCAGGCCGUUAGUGCAUGA